AUGACACAAUCAUGUUAUCCCAAAGGCGUGGGAAAUCUCUUCAAUUCUAGCACGAGUCAGAAGCAAGCGGAUAAAAAGAGGCCGGACGAAACUUUCGGCAUCACGGUGUCCAAAGAUGAGAACUUUUCGCAAUGGUAUCAGGAGGUGGUUCUGAAGGCGGAAAUGGUCGAAUACUACCAAGAAAUAUCGGGCUUCUUCAUCUUGAGGCCCCUCUCAAUGUUCAUUUGGAACCAGAUCAAACAGUGGUUCCAAGAGCGACUUGACGAGAUGGACGUCGAGGAGGCGAGCUUUCGGACCUUUCUAUCCGCAAAGUCGAUUGAAAAAGAAAAAGACCAUGUCGAAGGCUUUACUCCUGAACUCGCAUGGACCCCCAUCGCCGUACGACCAACUUCAGAAGCCAUAAUGUAUCCAUACUAUAGCAAAUGGCUCCGGAGCCAUCGCGAUCUUCCUCUACGACUGAAUCAGUGGAACUCCGUCAUUCGGUGGGAAGCUAAGCAAACAACACCGUUCCUUCGUACACGAGAGUUCCUCUGGCAAGAAGGACAUACUGCGCACUUGACCGAAGAGGAUGCAGGCAGGGAAAUCCUCGCAGUCCCUGUUGUACGUGGCCGCAAGACUGAACAUGAGAAGUUUGCUGGGGCGUACUACACAAUGACUGUUGAGGGCUACAUCCCAGCUAAUGGACGGGGAAUCCAAGGCUCAGCAUCCCAUUGUCUAAGACAGAACUUUAGGAAGAUGUUUGAUAUUUCCGUUGAAGAUCCGACAGGUAACGGUCAUAUCCAUGUCUGGCAAAACUCAUGGGCCUUUUCCAGCCGCGUCCUAGGGGUCAUGACAGUUAUCGUCCCUGUUGGUGUAAAGAAGUCAACUAGCUCAGAGGAGAAACAGGUGUUCAUCGAUCAGAUAGAGGGUAUAGCCAAGAAGCUGAAGCUGGCCGGUGUACGAGUAUGGGUGGAUGACCGGGAUGGCUACACUCCAGCCUGGAAGUUCAAUGACUGGGAACUCAAGGGGGUCCCUUUGAGGAUUGAGUUUGGCCCACGGGAUGCUGCAGGGAGCGUAAUAAGCUACUGUCGGAGGGAUAACAGCGAAAAGGGUACAAUCCCGAUUGACAAUAUCUCAGCCGAAAUCCCGGAGCUACUGGAGGCGAUCCAAAAGAGCAUGUACGAUCGUGCUGAGGCAUCAUAUCGACAGCAUCGCAUCCAAAUUUGGAAGUGGGAGGAUGUUCUCCCAGCCCUGAAUGAGAAGAAUGUCUUGCUGAUACCAUUUUGCCUGGAAAAGUAUUGCGAGGAGAGGAUCAAAGAGCUUACGACGCGACAGGACGAUACGUCGCAUAUUCCAGAGGAAAGGCGACCCCCAACUAUGGGGAUGAAGAGCCUAUGUAUUCCCUUUGAACAGCCCGGAGGCCUGGGUCACUCAACUAAGUGUUUAAACCCUAAGUGUGGGAAAAUGGCGUUGAAGUGGACCAUGUUUGGUAGAAGUUACUAG